AUGUCGGUCAGCCGAGAAUCAGUCCGGCGAUGGCUGGCACAAGUACUCCUGCCGUAUCCUGGCCGGGACCAGGGCCUGGCCCAAAUCCAAGCAGCACUCCAGCACUUCCCAGCACUCGCCCCCAGGACAGAGUCAUUCACCUUCGACGACGGCCGCACUGCCCUCCUCGUCUCGCUCACCGGAACCAUCCCCGUCCACUACCGCGCACUGAGGUACAACAUCCCCAUCGCCAUCUGGCUCCCCUUCGAGUUUCCAGGCGAGCCGCCGAUCAUCUACCUCACCCCAACCAACGACAUGGUCAUCAGGAAAGGCACCCACGUCGAGCCCGGCGGGAAAUGCAUCGCGGGCUACUUCGACUCGUGGCAAUCGAAACCAGAGGCUUGCUCCCUCGUCGAACUGCUCGAAUUCCUCCAAGACAUCUUCUCUCGCGAACCACCACUCUAUUCGAAACCCAAACCACCCGCGCCCGCUUACAGCUCUCAUCCGCCCCCUCAACCACCCACUACAUCCGCCUCGCAAAUCCCUUCAACCUCCUCGCAGCAACAGCCCCCUCGACCACCCUUACCACCCCAGCUUGCGCGAUCAGUCUCAGCCAGCUCUUCCCCCACCAAUCCCGAUCCCCAUUCCCGCCCCACUCCGCCUACCCGCCCUCCCCUACCUCCCCCACUCUACUCCCAAUCCUCCCAAUCCGCAGCACCAUCCUCAUCCACCCCACCGCCCCUUCAUCCACCCUACCAAGCUGGCAUCAGAUCCACUUCCAAUCCGGCCCAGUUCCUACACCCAGCCACCUCCAGCGCACACUCCAGAACAACUUCAGCUACUCAUCCCCAGCUACCUCUCGGCCUUGAUCAUCACUUACACCAGUCCAGACAAUCCACAUCCUCAUUCACCCAUCUCCCGACUUCCAAUAACCACCCUGCUACUCCAACGAUCCCCAGUGGGCCGAUCGAACAACAGUUUGACUCGUUAGCCAUCUCAUCAGCCUCCUCAUCAAGUAAACCGAACCAAAACCUACUGGACGACGAUCCUCUCGAUGAUGAGCCUCAGUCCAAUGGCAAAUCACCCAGCAACGUUCCCCCACCACCCCGGCCGCCGAAUCCAGGAUUACUCUCGCUACGCCACUCGGUCCAUGCGAAGUUCAGGGCGGAGAUCGAGCGCUUCAAGGCUAGUCUAAAUGCCGAGCACCACCAACUCGAGAUCCUCGAGACCGACCUGCUCAAGGGCGAGCCCGCUAUCCUCGAUGAAAUCGCAAGGCUCGAGGCCGUCAACGACGUCUGUGUCAGCGUCGGCAGUCGCUAUCGCGAUCUCGUCGACCAGCUCAACUCGAGAUUCAUCGAACUCACCCAUCAUCGGAGGAUCGUCGAGGUCGACGAGCUCGUCUGUUCGACUACCGUGCUCUACAACCAACUAUGGGAAUUGAUCAUCAACGAUAAAGUGAUCGAGGAUUUGAUUUAUCAUCUCUCAAAGGCUCUGAAUAACAGCUUGGAUGGAUCGAAGAUCGAUCUGGAGAAAUUCCUAAAGAGGGUACGGAUUUUAGGCCAUGAGCAGUUCCUGAUUCGGGUGACGAUCAACCAGAUCUGCCAUCAACUUGGAUUCUCGCUCUCGGCAUCCUCAACAGCCUCCGCAUCUCGAUCAACAUCGUCAAUAACAACAGCCACAACCGCAAACCCUUCUUCGUUUACUUAG